UUCAAAAGACGCCGCGCGGCCCCGCCCCCCGCCGCCCCGCGCCUAUCAGCGGCACAAAAACUGGGGGUCCGCCCCGCCCCCCGGCCAGCCGCCAAUACACGCCGCCGCCACCCCUGAGGCCGCCCGCCCAUUGGCUCCCCUGCGACGCCGGGGCUCACUUAAAGGUGUGAGGCCCCGUGGCGACCACACUUGGCCUCCGCUGCCCCGACACGCCGCCCGAGUGUGUGACCCGCCGCCACCACCACCACCACCUCCCUCUGCACCCCCCGGCACAGCCUACAGCAGGAGCAGCAUGCCGCGGCCGACGCGGGAGAGCUACGGCGAGCAGAAGCCGCCCUACUCGUACAUCUCGCUCACCGCCAUGGCCAUCUGGGGCAGCGCCGAGAAGAUGUGCACGCUGGCGGAGAUCUACAAGUUCAUCAUGGACAACUUCCCCUACUACCGCAAGAACACGCAGCGCUGGCAGAACUCCCUGCGGCACAACCUCUCCUUCAACGACUGCUUCAUCAAGAUCCCGCGGCGCCCAGACAGGCCGGGCAAGGGCGCCUACUGGACGCUGCACCCGUCCGCCAUGAACAUGUUCGAGAACGGCAGCUUCCUCAGGCGCAGGAAGCGGUUCAAGAUCGCCCGCGACGAGAAGGACGCCAUGGAGGCGGGCCUGACGCAGGGCGGCGCCCCCCGCCCCGAGGAGAUGCUGCCCCCCGGAGUGCCCCGCGACUUGGGCCACAUCGCCCACGAGCUGAGUCACCACCUGGGCUACCUGGCGUCCGCGUCCGUGCCCGCGCCCGCCGCCGCCCUCACGCCGCCCACCUCGGCCCCCGCCCCGCCCAAACGCCAGGCCUUCACCAUCGAGAACCUGGCCACCAGCGACGCCCGCCCCGACCCCCCCGCGGCACCCCCGGCCCCGGCGGGCAUGGGCCACCCACACCUGGUCGCUCAUAUGGGUCAGCACGCCCCCGGGGGCGGCCUGUGCCCCUGCUGCCUGCCGCCCAGCCUGCACCACCACGUGUACUCCGCCGCCCUGGCCCUGGCCCUGCCGCCGCCCCUCUACCCCCCCGCCCUGCAGCGCCCCGCUCACUACGACCUGUCGCUGGCCGCCCUACACCCCUCCCUCGCCAAGGCCGCCGCCGCCGCCCACCACUUCAACCUGCAGCACCAGCCGCCUCCGGACAGGGAACACCCCUCCUUCAGGUUCUCGCCGCCCAUGAGGACGCUCUGACCUGCCCGCGCCCUGCCCCGGCCCCUGCAGGCCCUCUGUGAUACCUGUACAGUUCGUGUGUAUAUACGUCGUUGUUAUUUAUG